AUGGUCCAGCAAACUUUUUCGGACCUUGUCUUUGAGAUCACUGCCACGAAUGACUAUGGAUCGGGCUCUGUAUCUGUAACAAUCUCCGCUGUUAUUGUAAACUGUGAAGCCACGGAGAAGUAUCCCUAUACUGCUCAUAAGGCGUGGUCUGUGGUGAAUUGUCCUACCUACUAUUCUGGAUAUGCUCGUGUGCAGUGUAUUGCAGGAGACUUCAGUGAACUGGAUCUUACGAAUUGUGACUUACGUGCUUCUUCUUUCUUCUCGUACGGCGUUAGUGAAGUCAUCUACAAGACGGGAGUCGAAAUUGAGCCGCUCACGUUGCUGUACAAUGCUGUGUUUGAAAACAUCACCAUUACGCCUGCUCUUCCUGAAGGACUGACUCUCAGCGAGACUGGAGUUCUUUCGGGAAAGCCCACGCAGGUGUCGGAGCAGCUGACCUACACGAUUACUGGAACGAAUAUUUUGGAGAGUGUGGAGACUACUCUCCAGAUCACCGUCCUGGACAACGGUUGCAACGCUCUUGACUCCUUCCCUGCGGUGUCGAACUGGGAGACUUCCUCCUCCAGCACGCUCUGCCCCGAGGGAUACGAGGGCACAGUGACUCGUUUGUGUACCAACGGAGUGUUCGGAGAGCCGGACUACACGGGAUGCACCGCUCUGUCGCCGUCCGGCUUCUCCUACCAGCCCGCCAGCGUGACGGUGGCUAUGGGAGGCGCCGUGUAUAUGAAGCCGACCUAUACGAACAUCGUCACCCAGUUCGUCGUGAAUCCUUCUCUCCCUGAGGGUCUGAUCCUCACUGAGAGUGGAGACAUUGCUGGAAUGGCGUCGGUCCUGGGAACCAACACCUAUACCAUCACGGCGACGAACACUCUCUCGACUCCUGCCACGACGGAAGUGACGAUCACUGUGACCAGCAUUGGCUGCAAUGGUGUGGAGGGUAUCGACAUUGCCGAUCAGGAGGUGUACACCGAGGCUUGCCCUGAAGGAUACAUCGGUCAGGCGACUCGCACCUGCUCCAACGGCGUGCUGAGCGCGCUGGAUCGAAGCGGUUGCCGCCGCGAAGCCCCGUCCAAUCUGCAUUAUGUGGAGUCUGAGAUUGUGGGCGUGGUCAACAAUCUGGUUCAGACGCCGCGACCCGAAUACAACGGAACGAUCAGCUCGUUCACGAUCUCGCCGGAACUCCCGACCGGCCUCAUGAUGCAGAAGGACGGAUCGAUUUCGGGCUAUCCCACCCAGGAGAGCGAUCGCACUGCCUACCAUAUCAUUGGCCAGGGAGAGGACGACAACACCGUGGAGACCGAUAUCUAUGUGACGGUGAAGAAGCAGUUCUGCGUGGAGAUGGAGGACUUCCCGGAGACGCCGGUGGGCACGAACUACACGAUGGACUGUACCACCAUCGCUGGAUACAAGGGCACCUCUGUGCGAGCGUGCAUUCUGGAUGAGACCGGACUUGCGGGUGUGUGGAGCGCUCCGUAUUCGUUCUGCGUGGAGUCCAAGUUUAAUGUGAUUCUCCUUGUCGGAAUUUUGUUGAUUGUGCUCGGUGUUGUUAUGUUGGUUGUGGGUAUUGUCGCUAUGGUGAAUCGUUCGUCGAGAAAGGUGCUUCCUAAGGUCAGCACCGCUCAAGCCCCUGCUUCGGCUCCGGCUUCGGCUCCGGCUCCUGUAAAGGCUCCUGCUCCUGUCCCAGCACCUGCUCCUGUUCCGGCUCCGGCUCCCGCUCCGGCUCCGGCUCCUGCUCCUGCACAGACACCCGCCCCCGCCCCCGCCCCAGCUGCUCCAGCGGCUCCUGCUCCUAGUGAACAACCUAAGAUUGAGAUUUAAGUGAA